AUGUCGUAUUACUUUGAAAUAAUAACAAUAUACAGCAUAUUUAUAUAUUCGAUUUACUUGCAAGUCGGAGGAACGCAGCAAUUAAGUAUACAUAAUAGGAAGCAUAAGGAAACUAAAAGGAGCGUCAGUGACCCUACUAAAGGCUUAACUGAUACUGAAAUCGAUAUGGCGCUGGAUGAUCUGUCACUCUCGGACUUGAGCAUCUUGAGCAAACUGAUUGACAGGCCAAAUGCGCCAGAUUACGAUUAUGCCAAUUAUGAUAGCCGGAACUAUGCUUUGGGACCACCUCGUGAUCACACUUUCGACGAUGACCCUAUCGACUAUGGGAUCAAUAAAAACUACUACGACGAUAUCGAUGGGCUGCCGGGGGAUGCGCGAAAUUUUAUGUAUUUCAAAAUACCACGCCAGAGUUUGGUGCCCAUCAUGGAACGAAGGAAGAAUCAACGAAAUAAACGCGAAAACGAUGGCCGUACAAUACAGCAGGCUGCGAUGGAUGCAGAAUACAUUCGAGAACUGGAAAAUUCCUUUCCACGUGACCAAGUGCAAAAUAAUAACGAGGAAAGUGAAGAUAAGAGAGAGCACAUACGCGUGAAGCGCAAUUGACAGCACACAAAACCAAAGAGUUUUUAAAUAAAUAUGUAUGCGCGAAAUUAAAA